AAAAAACCCCGUACAAUUAUCGGAGCAUAUCGGUACACGGGGGUUAACGGCAUAAUUUUAAUAUGCUUAACGACCAAAAUAACGGUUACAAAAUACCGUACGCUCCGUAUAAUUGUUUUUAAAAAAGGGCAAAUAAAUAAAGUCCUAAUUAUUGCUUUAUUGGAAAUCGAUAACUUUCCGCAACGGGAACGCGUUGCAAAUACUUAUAUAAAGCAAAAAAAAAGCAAUGUUCGUUUUGGGAGCAAAUCCAUUAAAAUUAAAAGCGUUACGGCGGCGUUUGUUGCGCGCUUUACGUUUUUUUUCGGCGAAAGUUUUUUUAUUGCAACGGUUAAAACCCGCCGGGGGGUUACCGGUAAAACGUUUGCGGGAAUCUUAAAAAGCUGCAAGCGCAAAAGGGCCCAAUGGACCCGCAAUAUUUAA